GGCUCUAAGGUUUGUUGAUUCCAGAUUGCAGUUUAUAAAUGAUUGAUAAAUGCUACGAAAAUUAAUUUAAUAAUCAUCUAAAAAUUAUGAUAAUGCGUAUAGUAGUAAAGGGAUCUGGAAUUACUUUUUUUUUUAUUAAAAUGUAAAUAAACACAAAGUUUUGGCCUUUUUGUCAAAGUUUGCUUUGAAAAAAGGAUUUUAAGCAUAUUUUUAUACCCCAAGGCAUAGGGCGGUCCCAAAUAACCUAGUUUUUGGGUGUGUUAUAUGCGACAAACAUAGUAAAAUAAUGCAAGUGUAUAAAUAUGAGAUAUAAUAAGCAUGAAUUAGCUGCUUUGGCGUCUCAAACUACUCAAAAUUUUGAACGUGAAGGAGUACUAGUUUUGAAGGAAAAACAGGAUGGGUUUUUUCGAAGAUCUGAUGGUUCCUCGGCUCGAUGGUUUCGUCUUAGAGGUAAUCUACUGUUUUAUUUGAAGGGUCCUGAGCCCUGGUAUGAACCCAUGGGAGUUAUAGUGCUGGGAAACCAUAAAAUCAAGGAACAAAAUCAAGAUGAUAAUGGGCAUUGGCCAUUUCAAAUUGUUUGGGACAAUGGCUUAUGGUAUAGAAUAGCUGCCCUUAAUGAAGCAGAAAGAUCGCACUGGAUAAAAGCUAUACAAAAUGCACCGUACAAUGUUAUACAUUCACAAUUUAUUGCAUUGAAAGAAAGACUAAAUAAAAUCAGACCCAUUGUGGAUAUCACAACCCACAGAAUCCAGAAGGGAAUCAUUGCUGAUAUGACUGAAAUCCCACUAUGUGAACUUGCAUUGUCAUGUGACAAUCUUUUAUGUGAUGCAUAUGGGAAGCCACCUUCACCACUGAUUGUUGUUUAUGUCAGAUAUUCUAAAGAGGUUUGCAUCAAGUAUGGUACAACCGAAGUUGUCGAGAGUUGCAGUAAUCCCUUCUUUUCAAAGACAAUACUUUUUCGUGCAAGCGAUGGUUUGACAGGUGAUGUAAUGAUCAGGAUUGUUGCAUACAAUGUUAAGGAGCGAGUUACUGAAACAGCUGUUCCUAUGGGUUUCACCUCACUGCAGCUGAGUACUAUACAGGAAGCCCAAAGACUCAGAGUAGCUUUAAUGACUCGUGAAAAUAAAACAGUAGGUUUUGUGACCAUUCAUGGUUGGAGUCUAGAACCGUCUUAUAUUGGUACAAGCCCCAGUCAUUGUAAUGAUAAGAAUUGUCUAGAUAUACCACAGAAAGUGAUGUGCCAUCGCCGUUCCCAAUCUUUACCACCAAGAUUGGGUUUGAAGCUCAAGUUUCCUUCGUACAGUAAUUUGUUGAAGCAGAACUUUGUGAAUAGCCAUCAAGUUACAUAUAGAUUUCAUUCAGGUCUCGGUGGUGAUAUUACUGUACAUGAAAUUAUGGCGGAACCAAAACUUUGUUAUCAAGUUCCUGUACAGUUGUUAGAUAUUUACGUACAAAGGGAAAAGGAGCUUUUAGAAGAGAUAUUGUCUGUAGGAUCUGUAAGCGGACAGUGGGAGGCUCGCCAGUUGGAUUUGGCUAGCACACAUGUGUUGUUGUUAAAACAUUAUUGUCAUUCUAAACGAUGUCUUCAAAUUGCGGAAAAUCCAUAUUUUAAGCGAAGUUCUAAAAAAGAUGAAUCAAGCUUAGAAUUUGCACCCGUUAACCUACAUUUGCAACGAAUGUGGGUACACAAUGAUACAUUAAACAGGACCGGUUUUCAUGACGUGAUAACCGCUGGAGCAUUCGCCGCUCAUACACACAAGGCUGAAAGAACCGGAGGUCUGAUUCGAUUAGUACAGCAGGUGAAAGACAUAAACAGUUCAAAAGCAGCGUUAAAUUUGGCAACUGCUAAUAAAAUACAAGUGGAAUAUGACAAUGUUGUCGCACUAAGACGUCUCUGUGAAGAAGCAGGCAAUGAUAUGGACAGGGUAUUAGUUCUUCUGCAAGCGAUGCAGAAGGAAGAAAUAGUAACAGUUAUUGAAGUUAUAAAAAGUAAGAUAAAAAGUAUUCUUGCUCUAUGGGAACCCUGCAUAGUUGAGGAGAUGUUAGCCAGUAUUGGAUGGCCAAAGAAUACUUGUACUGAUGAUUCCGAAGACCAGACGAUAUCAACAAUUCUACGUCUCACAGAACAACUGAGUAUAUUCGAUGCAGGUUCUGAUAAUGAUGCAUAUGAUGCAUCUUCAAGUUCGAGUUCCAAAGAUACUUCACCGACUGGAGAUGCACCGUCUCUAUCAACCACUAAGAAUGUUUAUCCUGGACCUUCGAAAUUUAGCAAGGAUUCUAUCAGAGAUAUAAUAGAGGGUACUGAAUUGAAUUUCCACAAUGAUUACUUCGACAGUGAAGGAUGUGCAAAUUUAAAAUCAAUUGCUACACCGAGUAAGACAAAUUCAAUAGAAACCCAAACUUCCUCGGCCUCGUUUGAACAAGUCUCUUAUAGAAGUGUAGUGGAUAGCUUAAGCAAUAAGAAUACCGAGAUAAAAACUAAAAGUGUUACAUUGCCAACUGUAGGCCUGAUAGAUUCAAGUGCAAGAGAAAGCAAUUUAUUGUCCCUGAAAAGUUUCGGAACUAAUAUACAAACAUUGUUUGCUGAAUUUACCGAUUCUACAUUGAAGAAUUUGGAUACUAGCACAGGUGUAUCUGAAGAUCAGUUGGAUGGUUUACGUUCGUUGGUUGAGCGGAUGAAAGGGCAAUUGGAUAUAUUGUUGCGCUGGUCUCGUGUGUCACACGCCGCUAUGAGGAUACGAUGCGAAUCUCCGACGUGGACGAAGGAGCAUGCAGCAUUACAAACACGACGUGAUACAUGCUUCUCACAAGCUCUGGCCACAGUAACUGCGGGUCUUCUAUGUUGGUUCAACUCUAUGCCUGCAGAAGUAAUAGUGAAGCUAUUGAGUUCAGAUCUUGGCCCUUUGUGUGGCUUCGAGGCUUUGCUCAGCCUUUAUUCUACAGAGAAGGCGAUGUGGGGUGACAUGGUUGUUGCUGUUGAGGAUCUACAAACUGUGCUUUUUACACUUACUAAAGUAGGACACAGUGCUACUGCCAUUCCUCAAGUCAGUGGGUCAAGAAGUGCGCUCUCUGUCUCCAUUCCUAUUUCGGAUUCACUCUAUUCAAAAUUUACAUGUAAACAGCAUCUAAACUUUACAAUAACCGCAGUGUUCUUCAACAUUGGUGUGAACGAGAAAGCUACUUUAGCUGAAGCUUUGGGUGAAACUACACCUCAAUAUCAAUCUAACUGUGAUAAUCUGGAAAGAUUAAACAAGUACUAUCAUAAAUAUAACAAAGUAUUCCCCGCAGAUGUUUUAGCAGCAAGCAGAGCAUCAUCAAGAACGAAACCAUUAGAGGAGGUUAUGGAGAACCUGAAAAUAUCUGUACAUAAGAAAAUACCGAAGAAUAUCGAAGUGUUACAUUUAUCUUCGUUAGCAACAAGACUUAUGAAUGGUGUUAGAUUCACUUCGUGUAAAAGUGCCAAAGACAGAACCGGGAUGUCAGUGACGUUGGAACAAUGCUCUAUUUUAGCUUCCGAAUAUCAUUUGGCGGAACAUGAAAUGAAAAAAGCAUUAAAUAUCAUGAGAAGUGAGGGUUGUCGCAGAGAGAAUACGUUUAAGAAUAUCGGAGUAAGAAAAUACGCGUUCACGAAAAAGCAAAUGAUGGCCUUACCUGAAGAAUAUCGACCACCUCCCGGUACAUAUGGAUCUACCCAGACAUAGAUUUUAUAAUACUAGUUCGUAUUAAUAUUUACUUUAAUAAUUUUCCUUUAAGAGUCUGAAACUUUAUAAUAACUCUCAUGAUAUGUGAAUUGGACUUUAGGUAGAAUCCACUAGACAAUAGACUUAGUAGACAAAAUCUGUUAAAUUAAUUUCUUUCCAUAAUUAUAAUGGAUAAUCACUAAUUAUUGUAUGGAAUACGAAGCACAUAAUUUACAUACAUAAUACAUAAUAUAUACUUUAUUUAUAUUUUCUUAAUUUUUACUAUUUGACAUACGAAAGCGGAGCGGAACCGAAACAACAAUUACACUUAGCGAUCGCGUAAUCUGCGUAAAGGGUUUAGCUAAACGAAACAAUAUGUCGUUAAUUAGUGCGUCAAUUGUUAAAAACAAAAACGUUAAAAACCUAUCACAUUUGUAGAAAAUAUUCCACUUUCAUUUCUCGUUCUUUCCGCUUGAUGUUAGCACCGAUCCGUACAAAUUUGCUUGGCAAAUAGUUUCGAUUUUAAUAUUGUUACUAUUUGAUUUAAAUAUUAUUAUAAUAUUUAGAUUAAAUAGUGCCUAUUGUUACUGACAAUUUUAUUUAAAUAGUUCGAAUUCUCACUACCGCAAACAAGUGCUAAAAUGGCGAAAAGAAAUUAAGCACAAAAAUAGACAACAAUUCUCCAGUAAUAAUGGUUUAAUUUCGGUUUUAAUUCGGUCACGCCGUUGUGUACAUUUCUUAUUUAGCGUUAGAUAUUUUUUUAGCUUUAAAUAUGAUUGAAUUUGCACUGUUGACUAAGCAUUGUCUUAUCUAUAAAAAAUAACAUACGAAUGCUUUGGUAGAUUAAACUCACGUUAAUGUGUAAAUAGUGACGAAAAUUGUCACAACAAAGAUCUUAAACCCUUGACACAUAUAACAGAAUCAGUAUUAUGUUAAAAUUAAAAAAAUGAAAUAUUAAGGAUGGUGAUAUUAUUUAAAUAAAGGAGAAUGAGGCUGAUCGAAUCGGACCAAUUGGCAUUUUAUUAUAACAUUUAUAUUAGGUCCUUAACUAUGACGUCUUUUUUUGUUUAGUUUUUUUAAAUAACCUCAAUUAAUGUCGUAACUCAUUGUUACAGCAAUUUAGUUUGUAUCUCGAUAUUAUUUUUGCAACAAAUAAUAUUUAAUCUCGUACGUUCACUGGUAUGACGUCAGAGAUGUGGUUGUCAUGGAAACGUAUGUCUUAUACAGGAAUCCAAUGAAAAGGACCUAAUUUUUACUUUCAAUAUAAUACUAACUACUUACCAUAAACAAAUUUUCUUUUACUCUUUUCUUUUUUUGGUAUUCAACAUCAAAUGUUUCGUCAAAGUUGCUACGUAGUACUUAAUAUAUUUAUUGGGUAAAAACGUACUUUACUACUUAAUAUAUUUCCCUUAUUAUUGUUUAAGUAAAAUGCAUUAUACUUCUUAAUAUUAUUAAUUUUCUAAUAUCUUAAUUUUAAUUACAUAAAAUGUAUUUUCUAAUGCUUGAGGUUCAUUGAAUUACUCUUUUAAAUGUUACUAAAUUAUUUUUUAACGUCUCAACAUCUGAACAAAAACAUAUUGCAUCCAAUUUUUAAAAUAAUAUAUUUCGUAUUCUUCCCGAAAAAAUAAAAAUGCUCUAAUGGGGGCGCUUCAAUCGUAUAGCAUCUGUGUAAAAGAAUUAGUUCCAC